AUGGAUCAUUUACAGAGGAAGCUACGCGACCACGAAGCUGCUAUGUUUCAACAGGGUUUCCUGGAUGAUCAGUUCAGUCAGCUUCAGAAACUUCAAGAUGACAGUAGUCCAGAUUUUGUGUAUGAGGUUAUCACUUUGUUCUUUGCUGAUUCUGAUAAACUACUCAGCAACAUGUCACAUGCACUAGCACAAGUACCUGUGAAUUUCAAACAAAUUGAUGCUCAUGCUCAUCAACAGAAGGGAAGCAGUGCUAGUGUUGGUGCUGCUCGAGUUACAAGUGUAUGUGCCACCUUCAGAAGUUUCUGUGAGGCUCAGAACCUCGAAGGGUGUCGUAGAUGUCUACAACAAUUGCAACAUGAAUACACUCAACUGAAGACCAAACUUCAUUACCUAUUUAUGCUCCAACAAGAAAUCAAGGCUUUCGGUCGUUCUAUUCCUACAAGGGAGUAA